AUGCUGAAGAAAUUGAACGUAAUGUUCCGGGCAGACGCCGUGAAUGAACUGGGCGAGUCCGGCCGCAGAAGAGAGUGUCCGAGCGAGGAGACCGGCAUCAGGCUGGUCCGCAGCACCUCUCUCUACCUGAUCGGGGAAAGUUACCAACACACCGGCUGCUCUUUGAAACGCAGCCAGAGCGCAGUGAGCGUGGACUCUUCCAUCUACAACAUCAAGGCUGAAGACAGGCUGUGGAUGUUCUCGAGGACACAAGACUGCCUGCAAUACCUACACGACCUGAUAGUCCUCCGCCAACAAUACCGACCUGCCAGCGACUCCGGCAAGUCCAAGGACCGAUCCUCAGUCUCAGUCACACCUCACAAAUUCAGCAAGAAGCCACAGACUCGAAAACACACCACCAAAAAAACAAAGGAUGAAUCCGAUUCCACCCCAGCACCAACAGAGGCAGAAACACUGGCAUACUUUGAUUCGGUCAUUGCAGCUUUCGAUCAGGGAAACAAGCCCAGUGUUCACACCGCAGAGGGCAUGCACCUUGACAUGGAUUUUGUUAUUGCUACCAGCACAAGUGAACACAGUCUGCAUUCCAACUGGAUCCUGAAAUCACCAAGGAGGUACUCGAUUGAUGUGGCACAUUUGACAAAAGUGGAGGAAUUGUCCCGAAAGUACAGUGAUGGGUUGCGAAUGAGCUUCAAGAGGUUAGAGCGACACCCGAUGUACCUGCCCAAGCUGGUCGAAAGCCCAAUUCACACAAUGAGGUUCAAGCCAAAAGCACAAGAUGAAGAUGAUGAACUGUAG